AUGGAGAAAAAUCUCGAGCAACGCUACGCCAUCAAAUUCUGCGUCAAACUCGGGAAAACCGCGACGGAGACCCUCGGAAUGAUUAAGGAUGCUGUCAUGAGCCGCUCAACAGUGUUCGAGUGGCAUAAGCUGUUCCGGGAGGGGCGGGAGCUCGUCGGAGACGACCAGCGCGUCGGUCGCCCGUCAACUUCAAGGAUUGAUGAAAAUGUGGCCAAAGUGAAGGCGCUCCUGGACUCCAACCGGCGCACAAACAUUCUUCUGAUUGUCGAUGAGUUAGGGAUUUCGUACGGUAGCGUCCAAAAAAUUAUUACCGAGGAUUUGGCCAUGCGAAAGGUGUGUGCCAAGUUUGUGCCAAGAGUCCUGAGUGCUGGUGAGGGAGUUUCUGACCAAGCACAGGGUUGUCACGUUGCCUCACCCCCUCUACAGUCCAGUUCUGGCACCGCCGGACUUCUUCCUCUUUCCUCGGCUCAAGCGGGACCUUAA